AUCACAGAGCGGCCAUGCAAAAGGAAAGACAGCAAACGAGCUGCAGCAAGCUCCUAAGCCCUGCAGCCCAGGCACAGGAAACCAGAGGCAGAGCCUCAGGCCCAGGGUGAGGGGCAAAGCACCAGCCUGAGCCUCUUGCAGCACAGAGCAGCUGGAAGAGAGAAGUGCUGGAGCCACCGGAGGAUUAUGGCUGUCUACUCCGAGGGCAGCAACCUGCCUAGGCCUGCGGUGCAAGGCCCAAGUCCUGACCAGGUGCUUCGGCCAAGCCCAGGGAGUUAGGAACUGUACCAGGCUGCUAGAGGUAGCUAGGGCUGGAAACGCACUAAUAUUUGGGCUAUUGCACAGCUCCUGUGCAAAAACCUAGCAAAUGAGCAUACUCUGGAGCACCACGCAGGCUCCCGUGUAGAGCUUGUUCCUAGGACCUAUCACGACUCCCUAGACCCCUCAAAAAACAAACCCUGGCCUACACUCAGAGAAUGCUCUGGGAGGUGGGGCUACAAAAGAAACUUUCUCUUGGGGGUAGGUGGAGCCCAGCAGCAGGGGAGAGCCAGAGGAAGGUGUGUCAAGGGAGGAGGUGAGACCCAACUGAGGGUUGGCACUGGAAGAGGGCUUUCUCUCUUCACUCUAACUUGGAACCUCAUUCUGCAUAGGACUUUUUCAAAGUCGGAGGGAGGAGGUUGCUCAGAGUGGGGUGUUGCCCUCUGCGAGGAUUUGGAGUCCCCUGGGCUCCCGGCAGGGAGUGGAGAGGCAUUCCCAGAAGCAUCAGCUUCGGGCAUCUCCAGAACCCUGGCUUGGUCCCUGACCAAGGAGUGUCCCCAACUGCUGAAUAGGCCAGGAGUCGCCUUUCUCUAAGGCUUACAUCUCUCCCUCUGGGGUGUGUCCUGCCCCUCCCUGAGUCACCCCAAGGGGAGAGAGGGGAAAAAAGGGAAGAGAAGAGAGGCAUUGACUACAGAGGAAGGAAAAGGAAGCAGAGCAGAGGGGGGAGAGAGGCCACAUAGGAGUGGGUGACAGAGGAGACUGCAGAGGGCAGGUCUAGGGCAGGAGAUCGAGAGAGGGCAGGCCCAGGUCAGGAGGAGGUAGAGAGAGGGCAGCCAGAGCACCCCAAGGGGUGCCUCAAGAGCAGGUGGGGGCGGGGAGCCGAGGGGGCGGGCCGGCCAUGUCCCACGGGACCUACUACGAGUGUGAGCCCCGGGGUGGCCAGCAGCCACUUGAGUUCUCAGGGGGCCGAGCUGGGCCCGGGGAGCUAGGGGACAUGUGUGAGCAUGAGGCCUCCAUUGACCUCUCCGCCUACAUCGAGUCUGGGGAAGAGCAGCUUCUCUCCGAUCUCUUUGCCGUGAAGCCAGCGCCUGAGGCCAGAGGCCUCAAGGGCCCCGGAACCCCUGCCUUCCCCCACUACUUGCCGCCUGACCCUCGGCCCUUUGCCUACCCUCCACAUACCUUCGGCCCAGAAAGGAAGGCGCUGGGGCCUGGCAUCUACAGCAGCCCAGGGAGCUACGACCCCAGGGCUGUGGCGGUGAAGGAGGAGCCCCGGGGGCCAGAGGGCAGCCGAGCUGCCAGCCGAGGCAGCUACAAUCCCCUGCAGUACCAAGUGGCACACUGUGGGCAGACAGCCAUGCACCUGCCCCCAACUCUGGCAGCACCCGGCCAGCCUCUGCGCGUUCUCAAGGCCCCUUUGGCCACUGCCGCACCCCCCUGCAGUCCCCUCCUGAAGGCGCCCUCCCCGGCUGGCCCCUUACACAAGGGCAAGAAGGCAGUGAACAAAGAUAGCCUUGAGUACCGGCUGAGGCGGGAGCGCAACAACAUCGCCGUGCGCAAGAGCCGGGACAAGGCCAAGAGGCGCAUUCUGGAGACGCAGCAGAAGGUGCUGGAGUACAUGGCAGAGAACGAGCGCCUCCGCAGCCGCGUGGAGCAGCUCACCCAGGAGCUAGACACCCUCCGCAACCUCUUCCGCCAGAUUCCUGAGGCGGCCAACCUCAUCAAGGGCGUGGGGGGUUGCAGCUGAGCCUGGCUGGUGGACUGUGGGCACCAGGCUCCCUGGCACGGCCUAACUCUGCGGACCCCCAUCCUGCUGGGGGCCUAGAACCCUGAAACAUAGACCAUGGAUAAAUGGCAACCGGGGUGGCAAAGAAGGGCAGGACCCAGCAUAAUGAUUAUAUGGCUGAAUAAAGUUGCACUGUGACUGGG